AUGAUAAUAAUAAAAAUAUAUAAGUUAAAUAUAUUCUUGUUUUUUCCUAUUUCUUAUUUAUUUGCUAUUGAUGGAAGUACAAUAUUAAAAGAAUUGGGAGAAAAACAAUAUCAUUUAAUUAAAGCAAAAUCAUCAUUAUCUCAGCAUGGAAUUUGUUGGCAAAAUGCUAUUAAAACAAUGAAAAUUGAUUGUAAUAAAUUAAAUGAUCAAGAACAUUCUCUUCUUGCCUUAAAAUUAACAAAUUGUUUUUUAAAAGAUAGUGGACAUGAGGUAUAUGAUUGUUAUCUUAUUAAUUCAGAAUAUCAACGCAGAAAUUGUAUUAAUAAUAUGUCAGAUAGAGCAUUCAAUGUAUAUAAUGAAUUUUAUAUACACACUAUGCACAUGUGUUUUUAUUUAAAUUAUGAAGCUUGGCAAGUUCAAACUGACAACAUGGUUAAACAAUUAUAUCAUGUUUCUUCUCGAAUGAAAGAACAAUUAUUAGAAGCUUCAGAAAUGCAAGAAAUUAUACUUGAUAGUCAAAAACAAAGUUUACAAAUGCAAAAUAAACUUUUAAAUCAUGGAAAAGAACUUGGUAUUGUAUUAAAAUCUUCUUCUGAAAGUGUUAAUAAUUUAGUCAAAGAUUUCAAAGAAUCUGCAAAAGAUCAAAAAGAAUUAUUGUAUGAAAUCUUUUCAUACUUUCGUUCUUUUCAAAAUUGGAUUGUUGGAGAAGUUUCUUGGUUUCAAUCAAUUAUUUAUUACAUAACUAGUUGUAUUUUAUGUGCAUUAUUUAGUUCUUCUAAAAAAACUGUAGAUGCAAGAAUCACUCUUUUUUCAAUUUUAAGUUUGAAUAUAGUAGUAGAACGAAUGUUGGUUCAAUAUUAUGAUAAUAUGCAUUAUUCCAAUGAUAAUCAGAACAAUUUAUUGAAUACAAUAUGGAUAUGUAGAAAAAUAGUUCUUACUCUUUGUGCCAUUACAUUAUUUUGUACAUAUUAUUAUUAUAAAGAUGAACAAAUAGAAAAUAAUAAAGCAUUAAAACGUAUUGAACAUCAAUUAAACACUAUACAGGAAGUUACAUCUAUUUCUACUAAAUAUCCAAUUCGUUAUUCUACACGAUUAAGAAUGAAGCAUUUACAAGCACAGGGUAAUAAACAGAUUGAUAGUAAAGUUUUUUCAUAAUAUAAAUUAUAAUAUUUUAUUUCAUAUUAUUAAUUCAUUAUAGUAAUAGUAAUAUGAAUUUUAUUAAUAAUAAUAAUAAUAAACAAUAUAAAUAUUUUCUAUAUAAUUUUAAUAUUUUAUUUAAAAUCUUUAAACAUUUGGAUACAUAUGUAAAAGAUAUGUUAUUUGCUUACUUGUAAGUAUUUUACUAUUAGGACUAGGGAUAUCAACUUCUCGUAAUUUUUUUUUCUUCAGCUGCAUUCUUCAAAUAGUUUUUAUAACACUCAUUUAAAUUUUGAACGAACUU